CCUUAUUCUUUGAAUUUCUCUAAGUCAAAUUACUAUCCACGUAUUAUGUAUUUUUAAGUCAGCUUAGUUGAUAGCAGUUAUACAAUAAUAUCUAUCAGUUGAUUGUAUAACUAGUUAAAUCAACUCAAUUGAUAUCUAUAGUGAAAAGAUAUGUUAGUGACUAGACAUCAUUUUCUUUUUCUUUGUACUAGUACCACACUUCUCAACAAUUUUAACUUUCUUUUGAUACUAUUCUAAGUGUUAAUUAAAUAUCCCUUGUCAGAAACACUAUUUACUGUCUCUGCCACACAGUCAUUUCAUUUCAUGUGGCAUUCACAACACCUAAACUAAUGUGCCACUUCUCCUUUGUCCCUUACCAUUACAUUACAUACACUUAUUACCAACUUCUUCUCUCCACCAUCAACAACAACAAAAUCAUUAACUAUGACUUGUUCAUCUUCUUCAAUUAUUACUAUUACAACCAUUACCAUCUUCUACCUAUUUUCAAACUUCAAUUCAUAGAGAAAAAGAUCAUCAUGGUUAGUACUACUCCUACAAAACACCCUUCUUCCAAUGUUAUGUCUCUCCCAUUUCCAUCCCCUAAACCUCCUCCAGACUACCCUGAUUUGUAUGGAAAACGCCGCGAAAUGGCUAGAGUUCAAAUGCUUGAAAGAGAGAUUAGUUUUCUUGAGGAAGAGUUAAAGUCUUCUGAAGGUUUUCAACCAUCUUCAAAAUGCUGCAAAGAGAUUGCUGAUUUUGUGACAGCGAAUUCAGAUCCUCUGUUACCAAUGAGGAAGAAGAACCGCAAGUCGUGUUGCUUACGGAAGUGGCUUCGUCGGAUGCGGUGUUUGAAUUUGUCAUGGAUCUGUUGCUGGUGUUGCGAUUGCUUCUCCGGUUUUUGCAACCGCAAACAAAACAAUUGCAAAUGUAAUAGUUGUCGUCCGUCUAUCAAUUGCUCCGUAAGAAAUUGGUGUUAUUGCUGUGAUAAAAAAUCACAUUGUUGUAAAGAUUUUUGUGGUUGCAACAACUGUUGUUGUACUCUACCAGGUUGCAACUUUAGGUGGCCUUUUUCUUCUUGCUGUGUUUGCAAAUGUUCAUGCUCUUGCACUUGUCCUAGUUUUCCAAAAUUUCCAUCAUGUUGCUGUUGUACAAAAUGUUAAGAAUUUUCUUCUACUGAUUUGUGUGAUUUUAUUUUUUGGUUAUUCAAAUGAGUUCAAUGUAUGAUGUAAUAUAUAUAUUUUAUAUUUGAGAGUUGGGAAUUGCUGUUAA